GUGAAAGAUCAAGGCUCUACAAUAGAGACCGGGAGGGGAGAAAGUUGAAAGCGGGGCCUGACCACAUUCUGUAUGGCCGGCAGCCUUCCUGCCAGUAGGCGGGGCAGAGUCUGCGCGUAGCUGACCUGUGGCCGAGCUCGGCACAAGGGGCUGGCUGGGAACGAAACGAUUGUCAGGUAACGGCGGCGUCCCUUGUCCCCUCCACCUUUCGGGGGUCCGUGGAGGCGAUGGCCAUUGGGAAAUGGAUGGGCUGAUCUGGUUGGCUGGCUCAGGGGCUGGAAGCGCGGGGAGCCGAGCCCCCCCCCCCCGGUCUCCUGUUGAGUUUUCAGUCCAGGCGAGGAGUUCCUUGAAGCCCCUUCGUGGCUCUUGGGGGUUUUUUUUCUGAAGGGAUAGGCUACAUGUGCUUCUGUGUUUCCUGGAAGAAUGACAGAUGACAAAGAUGUACUUAGAAAAGUGUGGUUUGGGCGAAUACCAACUUGUUUUACUCUAUAUCAGGAUGAGAUUACUGAAAGAGAAGCUGAACCUUACUAUCUGCUCUUACCUAGAAUUAGCUACCUGACACUUGUAACAGACAAAGUGAAAAAACAUUUUCAGAAAGUUAUGAGACAAGAAGAUGUUGUAGAAAUAUGGUUUGAAUAUGAAGGCACACCACUGAAAUGGCAUUAUCCUAUUGGCUUGCUCUUUGAUCUUCAUGCAUCAAAUACAGCCCUUCCUUGGAAUAUCACAGUACAUUUUAAGAACUUUCCAGAGAAAGACCUUCUUCAUUGUUCCUCUAAAGAUGUUAUCGAGGCUCAUUUCAUGGCUUCUAUAAAAGAAGCAGAUGUCCUAAAACAUAAAAGUCAAGUUAUCAAUGAGAUGCAAAAAAAGGAUCAUAAACAACUUUGGAUGGGAUUACAGAAUGACAAAUUUGAUCAGUUUUGGGCCAUAAACAGGAAACUCAUGGAGUACCCUCCAGAAGAUAGUGGAUUUCGCUACAUCCCUUUUAGAAUAUAUCAGGCAACAACUGAGCAACCUUUUAUACAAAAGCUGUUCCGUCCUGUUGCGGCGGAUGGACAGCUAAAUACUCUGGGAGAUCUCUUAAAAGAAGCUUGUCCUGCUGCUAUUAAUUCUGAAGAUGGUGAAAAGAAUCAAGUGGUGAUUCAUGGAAUAGAACCAAUGUUGGAGACACCAGUACAGUGGCUAAGUGAGCAUAUGAGUUACCCUGAUAAUUUUCUGCAUAUCAGCGUUCUCCCACAACCUGCAGAUUGAAGUGUUGGCUUGUAUGUAUGAAGAUCACUCUCAGAUUGGAACUACAAAGUCAACUUUUAACUUCCAUCAGUCAUGGUGGGGACAGCUUGACCAGAAAACUUUCUUGUUGCAAGUUAAACAGGAGGAAAGAUCCUGUCAUGAGAGAUUAGGAACUGGACUGGCCGUAUUUUGCAUCACCCGUGAUUUUCUCCACUGCUGUCAUUUCAACUGUGACAUGAGAAACUCUAUAAGACCUCUGCAAGUCAUUUUCUCUUUUCUUGUUACAAUAAUAUAGUUGAAAGCAUGGAAAAUGUGGAAAUAUGUGCCACUUUGUAUUUCUUACUAAUCAAUAAACAAGGAUAUUUUCUAAA